AUGCCCGUCACCCCAUGGCUAUGGCCCCCCAGCUCACCCACCACCCUCCAGGUGCACAGCCUGCAGGAGCUGCGGCGCAGCGCGUCCCUGGCCACCAAGGUCUUCGUGCAGCGGGAUUACAGCGAUGGGACCACGUGCCAGUUCCAGACAAAGUUCCCCCCUGAGCUGGAGAGCCGGAUCGAGCGGCAGCUCUUCGAGGAAACCGUGAAAACCCUUAAUGGCUUCUAUGCUGAGGCGGAGAAGAUUGGGGGAAGCUCAUACCUGGAGGGGUGCCUGGCCUGCGCCACUGCCUAUUUUAUCUUCCUCUGCAUGGAGACGCACUAUGAGAAGGUCCUGAAGAAGAUCUCUAAGUACAUCCAGGAGCAGAACGAGAAGAUCUACGCGCCACGGGGACUGCUGCUCACUGACCCUCUGGAACGUGGCAUGAGGGUGAUCGAGAUCUCCAUCUACGAG